CUUUGUAGGCGUACAGCGAAGGUCAUGCACAUUACACUCUAAACAGGCAGGAUAUAUACAAGUGGUGAAUCCGAGCAGUCAACUCCAGAAGACCAACCCUGACCAGAACAUCACAACAAAGACUUGAUCUGUCAGCCAUGAAGGUCAUCAACAUGGGUCCGGACCCCUCUCUGGCUUAUCGGCCAAAUUUGGAGCAGACUGAAACCAAAGCAAAGGAAGACUACAGAAACUACGAGAGUGGAAGUCUCAUUGAUCGUGUAUUCAAAACAUACAAGCUCAUGCACACCAACCAGACGCUGGACUUUGUGAAUAAGAAGCACUCUGAAUGGACCAGUUGCAACCACACUGAGAUGGGGAUGAUGGACACCGUCAUGUCUCUGGACCAGCUGGUGGAUGAGUCUGAUCCUGAUGUGGACUUCCCCAACUCCUUCCACGCCUUCCAGACAGCGGAGGGCAUCCGCCAAGCACACCCAGACAAAGACUGGUUCCAGUUGGUGGGUCUGAUCCACGAUGUUGGGAAGAUCAUGGCUCUUUGGGAUGAAGCGCAGUGGGCUGUCGUUGGCGACACCUUCCCAGUGGGCUGCAAGUUUCAGAACUCCAUCGUAUACAGAGACAGCACCUUCCUGGAAAAUCCUGAUGAAAAAAAUCCCAAAUACAACACUGAAUAUGGCAUUUAUGAACCAAACUGUGGGCUCGACAAUGUCCUCAUGUCCUGGGGUCAUGAUGAGUAUCUCUACCGAGUUCUGACAUUCAACAAAUGCUCCAUCCCAGAGGAGGGGUUGUGUAUGAUCCGCUACCAUUCAUUUUACCCCUGGCACUCCCACGGGGACUACAAGCACCUGUGUGAUGACAAAGACCUGCGCAUGAUGCCCUGGGUCCAAGAGUUCAACAAAUUUGACCUGUACACAAAAACCACCGACCUGCCUGACGUCGACAAACUCAAGCCGUACUAUCAGACUCUGAUCGACAAGUACUGUCCAGGAAUACUGAAGUGGUGAAAAAGACAAAGGAGAGGGAUUACAAAUGUUGAAUAACUAAAUGAUAUGAUAAGCAGUUACUUUAUAGUAACACUUAAACUGGA